CAUAUGUGUACAAAACAGGACAACAUUAACAAGUCAAGUUCCUACUAUAAAAACACCCCCAAACCUAAAAAUUAACAAGACCCCUACACUCUUGUUCAAAAUCAAUUCACACACACACACAAAAAAAACUUGCCCCAAGUAGUGUUAUCUUUUUCUUGAUGGAUAAUAGAUGGUCAGAAAAAAACUUGAAUAUGAAUCUUCCAGAAAGUCCAAAAGCACCUAUGGAAUUCUUGUCAAGAUCAUGGAGUGCCUCUGCUUUGCAAGUUUGCAAGGCGUUAACAACAACUUCUUCAUUAUCAUCAUCUCCGUCUCUUACUUCUAAGACGAAUAAUAAUACAAAUAUAAAUAGUAGUAGUAGUGUUGUUGUUACUAUACCAGAGAACAUUAUCGCUGUUGAGGAAGAAGAUUCUGCUAAUAAACUUGCUGGAAACACAUUCUCUUUUGCUUCCUCUGCUACUUCACAACUUGUUCUUGAUCGCAUUAUGUCUCAAUCUAUGCAUAAUGGGCAGGAAAUAUCACCAUUAACAUCAGGAAGAUUGUCUCAUAGUAGUGGACCUUUGAAUGGUUCUCUGACUGAAGAAACUGAUAGUUCUCCAGUCUCUCCUUCUGAAGAAUUUGAAGAUGUUGUUAAGUACUUGAAAGCAAACAGCACUCUGCAACCAUUAUUCACAAAUGUAAGAACAGGAUACACUGGAUCAGCUGUUGGGUUAGCACCCAACACGCCUGGUGGUAAGACAGUUGGCAGGUGGUUAAAAGAAAGGAGAGAGAAAAAGAAAGAAGAAAGUAGGGCCCAAAACGCGCAACUCCAUGCUGUUGUUUCAGUAGCUGGAGUUGCUGCUUCGGUGGCCGCAAUUGCUGCGGCCACCGCAUCAGCUUCGUCCACUGGAAAAGAUGAGCAAAUGGCGAAGACUGAUGCUGCUGUAGCUUCGGCAGCCAUGUUGAUUGCCGCGCAGUGCGUGGAGGCUGCCGAAGUUAUGGGAGCGGACCGGGACCAUCUCAUGUCCGCGAUUAGCUCUGCAGUUAAUGUUCGAUCUCAUGGAGAUAUUUCAACUCUCACUGCUGCUGCUGCUACAGCAUUGCGAGGGGCAGCAACAUUAAAGGCAAGAGCAUUGAAGGAAGUAUGGAACAUUGCAGCAGUAAUUCCAAUAGAAAAGGGAAUUGGCGGAGGAACAGGGCGAAACAGCGACCAAAAUCACAGCAGCAACAACAACAACAACAAUAAUUACUGUGAGGGACUUGACAUUGAAGAGAACUUUUUGGGCGUUUGUAAUCAAGAAUUAUUGGCUCGAGGACGCGAGCUUCUCAAAAGAACUCGUAAUGGUGAUCUUCACUGGAAAAUUGUCUCUGUAUACCUUCAUCGUAGUGGAGAGGUGAUGCUGAAGAUGAAAAGCAAACAUGUUGGAAAAACUAUUACCAAGAAAAAGAAAAAUGUAGUAACAGAAGUUUACAAGGAUGUACCAGCAUGGCCAGGGAGGCAUUUAUUUGAGGAUGGAGAAAAACGUCGAUAUUUCGGAUUGAAGACAGAAAUACGUGGUGUUGUUGAGUUCGAAUGCAAAAAUCAAAGAGAAUAUGAGAUGUGGACUCAAGGUGUUUCAAGACUUUUAUCCAUGGUGGCUGAAAGGAAGAAGAGAUUUCAACACUAAUCACCAAUUAAUUAUGUGCCUAAUAUAUUAGUAGUACACUAAUUAAUAUGGGUUACGUACUAGUUACUAGUAGUAGGUACUACGUACUUGAUUAGUAGUUAAAUCUAUGAUGGUAGAAAAUUGUAUAAAAGUUUUGAUGGGCAACAUUCUAAAACUUAUGCAUGUAUUAUAUUCUGUGUGUUUUAGACCUUGAAGAAAUCAAUUAGUUGUGAUUCCUAGCUAGCA